UUAUUUUUCCCUUUCUCCCUUCUCUGAAACAAUUCCAAAAGACAAAAACCAAUUCCCUUCCUCUUCUUUUCCAUUCUCCCUAUUCCCCACAACUUCCUCGCUGAAACACAAGACAAAUCCCCCACCACCGACAAGAGCAACUGAAAAAAAAAACCCACCACCACCCACCCCCAAAUUCAGCCCCUAACUAAAAUCCGAACACCUCCAAAAUUUUGAGCUGUCUUUCCGGGGAAGACCGUGCGCAAGAGCGUGAUUGAGGAGAUGGAGGUGACUACGGACCAACCUCGCUGGGUCAGUCACCAUCACCCGGCAGUUCUGAAUGGCCAGCAUCCAGACACUCAUCACCCGGGGCUCAGCCACUCUUACAUGGACCCCUCACAGUACCCUCUGCCAGAGGAAGUGGAUGUACUUUUUAACAUCGACGGACAAGGCAACCACGUCCCGUCUUACUACGGAAACUCUGUAAGGGCCACCGUUCAGAGAUAUCCUCCGACCCAUCAUGGGAGUCAAGUUUGCCGCCCUCCUCUUCUUCACGGAUCCCUGCCCUGGCUGGACGGUGGCAAGGCCCUGGGGAGUCACCACAGUGCUUCGCCCUGGAACCUCAGUCCCUUUUCCAAGACCUCCAUCCACCACGGCUCCCCGGGACCCCUCUCGGUCUACCCGCCGGCUUCAUCUUCUUCACUGUCCGGCGGUCACUCUAGCCCACAUCUCUUCACCUUCCCACCCACCCCUCCUAAGGAUGUUUCCCCGGACCCGUCCCUUUCCACACCAGGCUCAGCCGGUUCAGCUCGGCAGGAUGAGAAGGAGUGCAUUAAAUACCAGGUGUCCCUUCCUGACACCAUGAAGCUGGAGUCAUCUCACUCUCGGAGCAGCAUGGCUACACUUGGGGGAGCCUCCUCAUCUGCCCAUCAUCCCAUCACCACUUAUCCUCCCUACGUCCCCGAAUAUAGCCCUGGACUCUUCCCUCCCAGUACCCUGCUGGGAGGAUCGCCCACAGGGUUCGGAUGUAAGUCGAGGCCAAAAGCAAGAUCCAGCACAGAAGGCAGGGAGUGUGUAAACUGCGGGGCAACCUCAACCCCAUUGUGGAGGAGAGAUGGUACUGGUCACUACCUGUGUAAUGCGUGUGGACUCUACCACAAAAUGAAUGGACAGAACCGACCCCUCAUUAAACCCAAGCGAAGGCUGUCUGCAGCCAGAAGAGCUGGUACGUCCUGUGCAAACUGUCAGACCACCACUACAACUCUGUGGAGGAGAAAUGCCAAUGGAGAUCCCGUGUGUAACGCCUGUGGACUCUACUACAAGCUACACAAUAUUAACAGACCCCUGACUAUGAAGAAGGAAGGCAUCCAGACCAGAAACCGAAAAAUGUCUAGCAAAUCCAAAAAAUGCAAAAAGGUUCACGACAGCCUGGAGGACUUCCCCAAAAGCAGCUCGUUUAAUCCGGCCGCCCUCUCCAGACAUAUGUCUUCUCUCAGUCAUAUUUCACCUUUUAGCCACUCCAGUCACAUGCUGACUACUCCAACACCGAUGCACCCACCAUCCAGCCUCUCUUUUGGACCUCACCAUCCAUCCAGCAUGGUCACUGCCAUGGGUUAGACUUCCUGUUCAAUGCUUAAAGGUCUCAAAGUGAGAUUUCUCCCCCUCCCCUUUAUACUUGCAUUUUUGCAGGAGCAGUAUCAUGAAGCCUAAAAAUGAUGGAAAUAUGUUAUUUGAAGGCAGAAAGCAAAGUGAUGUUUGCCACUUUUUAAAAGGAGCUCACUGUGGUGUCUAUGUUCUCAACCACUGAAUCUGGAUCCCAUUUGUGAAUAAGCCAUUCAGACUCAUAUUCCCUAUUUAACAGGGUCUCUAGUGCUGUGAAAAAAAAAUGCUGAACAUUGCAUAUAACUUAUAUUGUAAGAAAUACUGUACAUUUGAGGAAGACUUUAUUGCAUCUGGGUAGCUGUAAGAAGGGCAUGAAGGACACCGAGAAAUUUAAAGAAUAUGGGGAGAAAAAAGUGCGGAAGUAAGAAGAAACUAGGUCUAAUACCCACAUGGACAAACUGCCAGUUGUGUUUUCUUUUACUGGCCACAGUUGUUUGAUACAUUAAAAAAAAGAAGAAAAACAAUAAGUCAUAGGCAGAUCAUUCAUUCAAGGCUGUGGGCCUCUGCAUAGGAAGAAACACAAUCAAUUCCAGGCAAUCAGUGUUAACAUUCCGAUAUUGCCACGGAGGGUUUUCAGAUAGCCAUUCUCCAGACCUAUAUGCAUUGUGAACAAGUCCCUGUAAUUGUUGUUUGUAUGUAUAAUUCAAAGUACCAAAAUAAGAAAAGAUGUAGAUUUAUUUCAUCAUAUUAUACAGACUGAAUUGUAUAAAUUUAUUUACUGCUAGUGUUAAGAACUGCUUUUUUUGUUUUAAUAUUUUUUUCCUCUCUCUAUUUUUUGGUUGAAUAAACUAGAUUACAUUCAGUUGACCUAAGGUGGUUGUGCUCUAGAGGGUUUAUUUUCCAUUUUGUUUUUUGUUGAUAUUUAUUAAAUAGCUUCCACGGGUACAGCGGCAUCUGUCUUUUCACUCACUCCUCUUGCGGCCUGUGCUAAUGCGGGUAGCAGUGUAUGAGCUACCAACAUGCAUGUUAGCCACUGAGGCCUUCAUUGGCCCAAGUCCUUCUGAGAGCAGCCUGGCUGAUUUAUUAGAUCCCUUUGUGUUCUGUGCUAGUUGUCACUGCCUUAAUACAGUCUGUUGGGGAAAAAAAAAAGCUGCAAGUUGUUUUUUUUUUUUUUUUUUAAACCACAAGAUAACAUGUCAUCGAAGCGAUGGCCAAGCUCUCAUAGAAUAUGGUAGCUGUAGCUUAUUUAAAUAUAUGAAGCUUUUUGAAAAAACUAAUGUAAGUUGUAUCCACAAGGAGGUAAUUUUAACCCUCCACAUUCAUGAUCUAUUCCUACGGGGAAUUGUUUGGGUGUAUGUGGGGGUCUGAGUUUGUCCCAGAAGAGUUUAUUUUGUGGCUGAGGCAACUCUCAUGGCCACCAAGCUUGAGUUUCCUUGACUUGCCUCCUUUUUUUUCCCUUUUUUUUCCUUUUAAAUCCCUGUGGGACCUGGGUAGGCAAAGUUCCCACAGGAGAAAAUGGGACCUUUCCCUGUCUAAAACCCACAAGAUGAGACUGCUGCAGAUGGAUUCCUUGUGGUAAUGUUCAAGAUGUAAAUGAACUGGGCUGGCUCUUGGGUUUCAUUUCUGUUUUGCUUUUCUACUGUUGAAUGGAAUAACACCGCAGUGAAGGAUUUAUUGGAAUGUUUGCGAGACAUGAAAUAAGCAUUUUGUAAAGCUGUAUAUUUCCCUUUUACUCUGUUGACAGAAUGUGUAACUAUGGUGCACAUUGAAAAAUCUAUGUUAAUCACCUCUCUGCUUUCUUAAAUAUCUUAAACCUAAAACUCAAUGUUGAAAUAAAGGAGUAGAGAAUUGCUGAGAUGCAAAAGGAGAUCUUAUUGGCUCCUAAUUAACCAUCUACAAUGUUGUUUUUGAUUACUUUUGAAGCACCAAAGGAAUAAUCUCACCUUUUGCCAUAUUAAACUUGGUAAAUUUUGUCAUAGUCACAAUGUCUCAGGACUUGCCACCUCUUUUCUUCAUGAGUAGAUUUGAGUAAAUGCCCUUUCACCUUGAGAACAGGGAGUUCAAAUUCUUUACAUUCUUUGGGAAAAAAAAACCCAACACAGCAACACCCCAACAACUUUGAGUCUUAAAUAAUAUAGCUGUAUUGACGCAUUUGACCAUAUUCCUUCCUCAGAAAAACGUCAUUUCAUCAUUCUGUAUAUUGUGUUAACAUACUAAGGUGUUUCUAGAUGAUGCAAAGGGUUGGUUUUUAUUUUUAAUAUAAAGAUCAUGGUGACAAUGAGUCAGCUUGUUCUUUAGAAUAUUAUCUUAACAUUUUCAGUUUUUCUGUUUUCGAUAAAGCACCUCAGAGAGCAAUACUAGAGAGGGGUUUAAUCCAGAAAAAAGCCAGACUAAGUGCUGUUGACCAAUGUAUUGCUACAAUGUUUCUGAGUAAACUGUAUCCCUAAUUAA